AUGUUCUUCUAUCCUCCCGCCGACUCUCUUCCCGUCCCCCACAUCCCUGACGACCUGACCAUUCCUCAGUUCUUUCUCUCUGCCGCACACCCUGAGCGCCCUCAGCGACCCUCGACCUCGCCAUGGCUGAUCGAGGAUCAUUCUGGGCGCACUAUCUAUCUUGACGAGCUGCGUGCUCGUACUGCUGGUCUUGCGAAUGCAUUGAGCAUCAAGUGGAACUUGGGCGAGGACCAGGUCGCGUGUCUCUUCAGCCCUAACCAUGUCGACUACCCUGUAUGCUUAUGGGCAACGCACACGCUCGGAGCGAUUAUCACUCCCGCCAACCCGAGCUAUACUGCGUCCGAGCUCGCCUAUCAGCUCGAAAAGACCAAAGCCGCAAUGGUGUUCGUCCAUUCGGACUUUCUGUCGACGGCCAAAGCUGCCGCUCAAGAAGUAGGAUUGUCGGCGGACCGGAUCUUAGUGAUCGAAGCGGCCGGAACCGCUUCGCCCCACUUGGAAACGGUCUCCAAAUUCAUUGAGUUCGGCUCGAGCCAGCCGAGGCGCUAUGUCGAAAGAAAGCUCAGUCCGGGUGAAGGCAAGCGCAAGGUCGCUUUCUAUAGCUUCUCGAGUGGCACAACUGGGAAGCCUAAGGUUGGCGUGCUUUGUUCGUUUCGAUCGUAUGAGAGCUUAAGGAAAUCUCAGGCUGUGGUCAUCCCCCACUACUCGGUAUUGGCCAACGUCUUGCAGAAAGUUGCCCAUUUCCGGCUCAAUGAUCCCAACCUGAAGAAGAAGCAUACGCAACCUGGAGACGUGGGCGUCGCUGUCUUGCCAUUCUAUCACAUCUACGGCCUGGUUGUCACAUUGCAUUACAUGCUUUUUGCCGGCGUCACUCUUGUCGUCGUCCCCAAAUUCAAUUUCACGGAAUUCCUGGAGAGUAUCGUCAAAUACAAAGUGAACCAGCUCCUUCUUGUUCCUCCUCAAAUUGUGCUUCUCUGCAAGCACCCUGCAUCGAAAAAGUACGAUCUGAGCCAUGUCAAGUUAUGCAGCUCGGGCGCAGCACCACUUUCUGGCGAGCUGAUGAACACCGUGAAGAAAGUUCUUCCGAACGCGGCCAUCGGACAAGGAUAUGGACUAACGGAAACUGCCACUACGAUCUCAUUCCUAGGUGGAAAGCAGGAGAUGGGAACAGUCGGCAGUGCAGGGCAACUGGUCCCAGGAGUGGUUGCUCGUGUCGAGCGCCCAGACGGAUCGCUGUGCAAGGAAGGCGAGCAGGGCGAGUUGUUCGUCAAGAGCCCCAGCAUUCCUCUCGGAUACUUGGACAAUGAGAAGGCGACCAAGGAAACUUAUGUGGACGGUUGGGUUCGAACGGGCGACGAAGUCAUCAUCAAGGACAGUGAAAUCUACAUCGUGGACCGACUCAAAGUCAAGGGAUUCCAAGUUGCCCCCGCGGAACUGGAAGGACAUCUUCUUAUGCAUCCUUGGGUCGUCGAUUCAUGUGUCGUUGGUGUUCCUGAUGACUAUAGCGGGGAGCUGCCUCUCGCUUUUGUCGUGCUUCAGCCAGAGAUUGCCAAGCGGGCGAUCAGCAACCCGGGAGAGAUCAAGUCUGUUCUAAAAAAGCACGUAUCAGAUGAUAAGGUUGCCUACAAGCAUCUCAAUGGUGGCAUUAUCUUUAUCGAAGCCAUUCCCAAGACACCGUCCGGAAAGAUUCUCCGGCGUGUUCUGCGAGAUGAAGCGAGAGCUAUCAAGAAGACUCAGGCCAAGUUAUAGAGGAUUUUAAUAUUUAUUAAAGCUAUCACGUAGUGUAUCACGUUUAGUCACAUGACCGUGUCGCUCUUCAAUUAUUGAAGCCAUGUUUCGCACCGUCCGUCGCCUAUACUCUACAGUCCGGCCUAGCAUCGCGGAAGCGGAUAUCAAAGCUUUGUCUGCAUGGAUAUCAAGACCCAACCGGCUCUUCUUGGAGUCCAAUCUGAGCGCAGGCCAUCUGUCCGACUUGUUCAUCACUCUUCCCACUAGAGACGGCAGCAGAAGGCCUUACAUUGCGCCCCAAGCCAACGAUGAAUUACCCAGUGGAUCCCAUCUGGCCUUUUUCCACCCCAGGAACCCAGAGAGCGCACUGCGCCCGGAUGGGACGGACGCCGACUUCUGUCCUCCACCGCCGUUCACACGACGGAUGUGGGCGGGUGGGAAGAUGACAUGGGACCACCGCCAUCCGCUGCGCGUCGGUAAGAACGCUGUCAUGGCUGCGACGGUGCAGUCGAUGGACAAGAAGGGAUUCGAUUCGGAUGCCUCCGCGCCGAUGGUGUUCGUGAAGCAGCGGAUGGAGAUCGCGCAGGAGGGGAGCACGAGUCCGUCUGUCCUCGAGGAGCGGACGCAUGUGUAUUUGGCUGACACGCCCGACGCGAGCCGUGGAGCUGGGGCGCGCGUCCCGAAGGAAGUCGCGGGCCUGCCGGCACAGGCGGAUUUCUCACUGAAGUUCACUCCGUCUGCGACGACGCUGUUCAGAUUCUCUGCGCUCACGUUCAACGGGCACCACAUCCAUCUCGACAGAGAGUACGCGCAGACGGUGCAAGGCUAUCCGGAACGACUGGUUCAUGGUCCUCUUACGGCACUGCUGCUGCUGGAGACUGCGCAGCUUGAUAAGCCGGAUGCGAGAUUCGCGCAGUUCGAGUAUCGCGCGAGGAAUCCGCUUAUCGUGAAUCAGCCUCUGGCGAUCGCCGGGAAAUGGUCGGAGGAUGGGCAGAGCGCGGUCGUGUGGUGUGUUGACUGGGACGGUGUUGUGGGGAUGACCGGGACUAUACAGCUUGCUC